UCUUCGUCCAGAGCCACAGAUGGGAAGCAGUAUUGAGGUGAAGAGAUAAGAGAGACUCUGCCGCGACAUCCUGUUCUCUGUCGGCGACUUCUCUGUGGUUGGGCGCGCGCUUGUCGGUUACUUGCCACACGACCUCCGCGUUUCUCAGUUGCGGAUUGAGCAUAUCUCCACUACCUCGCGGCUUUCCCUCUUGUUUCGUAUCUGCAACUUGACGGACAACUACCUGGCACACGACCGACUCCUUAUAAACAGGAAAGCAUACAGCGGAAGCCUCUACCCUCGCCACCUCGCACCCUGCGCUAAACCGCACAAAGCGAAAGCACAAGGAACCAGGUAUGAGGCUCUCGAUCAUCGUGCCGACGCUGCUUGUCCCGCUCGCCGUCGCGGCUAUCCCGACACCGGCUUCUGCCGCCAGAUCGCAGUGUCCCAGCUCACCGGCGGAUUCCGUCGCCCCUCUUCGUGCGAAGAUCGGCGAAGAUGAAGGUGCAUCAGCCUUCUCGGACGCCCGGGCGCUCGACUACAGCAAUGGCCCGCGCGACGCAUCAGCACCCGGCUGGCUCGACCCGCGCAUCCAUGGCGGCUCGAUGCUCGACCUCGUUGCGAACGGCAUGCGCGAGCCGAUCAAUGUGAUCAUCUCCGGACGCUCUGAUCCGUACAUCCUCUCUGACGCCGGCCUGCGCGACUACAUCCGCAGCAUCGGCUUCAGCUUCGAGUGCCUCGACCUGCACGUCGGCGACCUGCAGCGCGCUGAUCUCGGAGACGGCAGGGGCUGGAAGACGGAGAUGUUCGAGUACAGGCAGACCAACAUGUGGGAUCCUGGCCGCUGGGUGGGAAGCUGUACUGAGUCUCUCUUUGGCGGCAAUCAUUUUAGAGUCUGGAAGCAAUACGGCCCCGCCACCAAGACAGGAGCGUGGUUCCUGGCCGUCUCGAAGGAGAAGGACCUUCGCCACCAGCACACGAUCGACAAGGACGGUUACAACGUUGGGCGCGACCUUCUCGUCGCCAACGCCGAGGCCGGCGGCAAGUGGCGCGAGUAUGAGUGGCGCGCGACGACCGAGUGGGUCGAGGGGCUUCUUCCGGCUGGAAAGCACGGCAUCAACCACCAUGUUACGCAGGACGGCCGUACGGCAGUUCUCACCGUCGAGCGUGUUGUGCCCCAGCAACCGCCACACCCUGGACCCGCUUCCGGCAGCACGCGGUUCCCCCAAGGCUGGCUUUCAGCGCUAGGGCGGCAUGCGCACGAACUGCUGCAUGCAUACGCAUUUUGAUAUGAAUCACACGCAGCACCAGCGAUCGAUAUUCGACACGAAUACCGAAAUGCCCCUUAUGAGAUCGCUCAGACUCCUUUUAUAAAUGUAAACUAAACACACUCUCCACCUCGCAGCAUGUGGCAUGUAGCAUGUAGCAAUAUUUUCAGACAGUGCAUAACUGAGCCCUUCCUCCUCUACUUUAA